AUGCGUUCGGUUCCAACGCUGCCCCAGGAGAGGAGAACCGUGGACGAUGAGAGGACAGUCGAGGAGAGUCCUGAUUUCUCCAUCCUCGCCAUCCGAACCCUGUUCGCGGUGGUGUGGAUCGCCAUCACGGCCGUCGUUACGUUCGCGACGGAGAAAGAAUACAGCGCCCCGGUUUCGUACCCGAACUGCGGGCCGCUGCAGGGCGUCGACGAGGUGUUCGAGGAGCGGAGGCUGCAUGUCUACUACGGCGUCCCUUUCAUGCGGCCAGCGCUGCUCCAAAACCGAUUCGAGAGGCUCUCGAUUCUGACGCGAUCCUGGCCGUUCCUCUUGGACGCCCGGAACCAGAGCCAGUCUUGUUCGCAGCCUUCCCUGAACGUCGGCAAGAUGACCCUGUACAACACGAACAGCACCGAGGACUGCCUCUACCUCAACAUAUACCUGCCCGCGCGAAAGCAGUCCGAGAGGAGCACACCCGCUUAUCCCAUCAUCGUGUUCAUCUACGGAGGCGGCUACCACUCCGGCAGCAACUCGUUCCCUUUCUACAGCGGCAAGUACCUGGCCGCUCACGGGAACGCUAUGGUCGUGGUGCCGAACUACCGGCUGGGUGUGUUCGGCUUCCUGCGGUCGUCCAUUCUUGGCUUGAAGGGAAACCAAGGCCUGCACGAUGUUCACGCCGCACUUCUGUGGGUGAAAAACAAUGCCGCGGCCUUUGGCGGCGACGUCAACAGCGUCACGGUCAUGGGACAUCAGGUCGGAGCUGCCAUGAUCGGCCUGCUAAAUACCCUAAGCGGAGCAACGCAGCUCUUUCGCCGCGUCGUCAUGAUGAGCGGGUCACCCUACAUGCGCCACAGGAAGGAAGACGGCAAGGCGAAGGCACUUGAGCAAGAGCAACUCAUACAGAAGCUAGGCUGCCGCGGGGAACCCAAGGUUCUCCUCGACUGCCUGCGUAGCAAGACUGCCCAAACGAUGCUCGACUUCGCCUUACGACUGAAAAACUGGAAGACGAUGUUCAUACCGAACGAGUACGAGGACAUUCACGACGACGCCAGCGUCGACCUGAGAAGCACGGCCUUUUCCAAGGACCUCAUCAUUGGCACGACUAUGAACGAGGGCUCGUACUACGCCAACCUGUUUCUGGAAACGUUCUCCAGGUAUGACGCCUCGAAGCUGACCCGAGUCGAGGCCUACAGGUAUCUCCAGGAGGUCACCGUGGGUCUGGGCUUCCACGGAUACAAAGAACUGGUCAGCUAUUACGACCAGAAGUACAAGGACCACAGUCCAGAAGUCUUUUUCGCGAACGCCAUCGGCGACAUAGUGGUCAAUUGCCCUAUGAAGCAGUUUGCCCAGGACAUGGCCAGCGUGAACACCAAGGUGUUCAUGUACGUUUUCAAGCACAAGCCUUCGUACUCGACCAGUCGUCUCGAAGGAGCGGGUCAUCUCGACGACAUCUUCAUUUCUUUGGGCAAUGCCCUCGACGCUCCGAUCCUGAACGCAACCGAGGCUGAAAAGGGGCUCAGUAGAGAUAUGCUCCGAAUGUGGGCCCGCUUCGCUGCGAAAGGGGAUCCGGUCUCCCUGCUCAAUGUGACGUGGCCACAGUUCACGAAGGGCGAAGGAGUCUAUCUCAGCAUCGGCCCCGAACCGACGCUAGCCAGCAGAUACCUGGAGGCCGACUGUGACAAGGUGGCCCGGGCGAUCUUCAACUAAUAAACACCCGUGGACGUCAGCA